AGGAAACAACAUGGCUGCCGAGGAGUGAUAAGCGUAGCGUUUUAGUCCUACAUCUUUUCACACAAUAGCUAUGUUAAAACGUUUUUAAUAUUGUCAUGAAUAUAUUAUAUGCAUGUAUAGGUUAAUAUAAGUGAAGUAUUUUAACGUUUCCUAAGCGCGCGCAUCUUAAUCCCAACGGUGUGUUAACUGUGCGUGUCCCAGUGAUUUGGACGGAAUGGCGGCGGUUGCAGCUAAACGCGAGGGCCCGCAGUUCAUCAGCGAGGUGGCGGUGCGGGGGAACGCCGCGGUGCUGGAGUACUGCCGCACCUCCGUGUCCGCUCUGUCCGGAGCCACAGCGGGCAUCUUGGGCCUCACAGGCUUGUACGGCUUCAUCUUCUACUUCCUCGCGUCAUUCCUGCUGUCCGUGCUGCUAAUCCUUAAAGCCGGCCGGCGGUGGAACAAGUGCUUUAAAUCCAGACGCCUGCUCUUUACCGGAGGUCUCGUGGGCGGAUUGUUCACCUACGUGCUCUUCUGGACUUUCCUCUACGGAAUGGUGCAUGUGUACUGAAGAGCAACACUGCUGUAGAUGUGCGUUUGUGCAUAGGUUAAGAAAUCUCUGUAGGGUUCAGUGUAAUCUCUAGGCAUGAUUAAUUUCAUCUAAUGGUUAUUUCCUCUCUCUGUUGUAUUCGAUUGCACUGAACUGAUUACGACCUGAAGUAGCUCAGUACCUGGGCUUAAAGGUGAAGCGUGAAGUCGUUAAUCAGAUCUAUUUUUAUUUAUUAAUUUAUUCGUUCAUCUUCAGUAACGCCUUUUAUUCUUGGUCAAGGUCGUGGUGGAUCUGGAGCCUAUCCUGGGAAUGCACCCUGGAUGAGAUGAGAGGCCAAUAUACACAUUCUCACACACACACACACACAUGCGUGCACACAUUCACUCCAAUGGGCAAUGUUGCGUAGUCAGUCCACCUACUGACAUGUUUCUGGGAGGUAGGAGGAGUGCAGAGAACCUGGAGGAAACAAAUACGGACUUGGAGAACAUGUGAAACUCCACACACAGUAACACAAGAUCAGGAUUGAACCGGGGAUCCUGGAGCUGUGAGAGAGUAAUAUUACCUGCUGUGCCACCUUGAUACAAGACCUGCAUCGUGAUCUUUAAUUUUGCUAACAAGUCUCUAAGUUUUGAUUUAAUUAUCAUUAAAUAACACUCAAAGAAACAAGAGUUUCUGAAGGAUUCUUUGGAUAGUUUAAAGUUACACUUGGAACCCAUUUCUGAUGUUGUUUGUUGUUUUCACCCAAAGCAAACCGAAGAACCCUUCAGAAUGCAUUCUCUCUGACAUUGUCAUCAACAACAAACACAUAGGAAAUAAAACUGCUGGUGUAAAAUUCGACAAUAAAUGCAAUACUCAAAGGGGAAUCUGUUUGAAAUUUAGCAUACUUGUAUUAGAAAUGGUAUCUUUAUUUCCUGAGAGUCUGAGAAGAAACAAAUAUCCUCCUUCCAUCAUGAGAAAUAUAAAUUAACCAUCUAACAACUCCUGACUUGUGUGGCAUUGUGUGUGAAUAUUUCUGUGGUUGCUUCUAAAUAAAUAACUAAAUCACUCAUAUAA